AGUCAUGACGUCAUAGACGUGCGACGAAACUCAACGCGCAUUCCCACGUGGUGCGUACAGUGCGAACACUGCCGUGUUAUUUCGAUACUUUAGAAUUAUUGCGUUCAUCAUGCGUCCAUUAACGAAUGAAGAGACGAAAACUAUGUUCGAAAAACUCUCUAAAUACAUUGGAGAGAACAUCAAACUUCUUGUGGACCAACCUGAUGGAAUUUACUGUUUCAGACUUCAUAAUGAUCGAGUUUAUUACAUGAGUGAGAAAAUCCUGAAGUUGGCUACAAAUAUCUCCCGAGAUAAACUGGUAUCAGUUGGCACAUGUUUCGGAAAGUUUACAAAGACACAGAAAUUCCGUUUGCACAUAACAGCUCUCGACUUCCUCGCACCAUAUGCCAAGUUUAAGGUUUGGGUGAAGCCUGGCUCGGAGCAGUCUUUCCUGUAUGGCAAUCACAUCAUGAAGUCAGGACUGGGCAGGAUCACAGAGAACACAGCGCAGUACCAGGGAGUGGUGGUGUAUUCAAUGGCAGAUGUACCGCUGGGCUUUGGAGUCGCAGCAAAGACUACACAGGAGUGUCGGAAGGUUGAUCCCAUGUCAAUUGUGGUGUUCCAUCAGGCUGAUAUUGGAGAGUACAUCAGAAGUGAAGACACGCUGACAUAAGAGGAUAUGAUAACUAAAAUUAACAAUGGACAAUUCAUUACAUUCAGACUUUUGGACAUUCUUGAACACACAUGUUUGGAAUGAACUGUGUAUGGUGCAGAAUUUAUCAUUUCUCUUUUUGACAGUUUCCAAUGUUCAAACUUAUCCUUUCAUCGUACAUUAAUUUUGAUUGACCUUUUCUGAAACAAUGGGAAAAAAAAUCAAUAAAAAGUGUUUUUUUUUUUUAAU